UCACAAGAGACUUUUCCGCAGUGUGUUUUUCUCUGCGGACGAUGACCAUCCUGAAUUUCUCUAUUGAAUAUGAUGCCAUCAACAGCCACAACACCUUCACCAAUGGAGAUACAGUCAAUGGAAGAAUCAUUGUGGAGGUUUCUAAAGAAACUAAAGUCCAGUCGCUUGUUUUUAUAGCAAAAGGAAAAGCUCGGGUUGUCUGGCAUGAAUAUUACGGGCAACAUCAGCACCGCGUUUUCUGGGCUGAUGAGAAAUAUUAUGAUAUCAAGCAUCAUAUCCUGAGAGAAGCAAGACAAGAUGGCACUGAAGUCAUUGGCAAAGGAAGACACGUAUUUCCCUUUUCAUUUAAGAUUCCUGACAGAAGAAUCCCAUCGUCUUUCAAAGACUGCACUGGCAAAAUCGUUCACAAGGUGAAGGCUGAGCUCAAACAAUCAAUGAAGCUGACGAAGACGGCCAAAGCCCACUUCACGUUCUGCUCCAAAGCAGACAUGGAUGUUCCCGGACUUCUGGAACCCCAGUAUGGCUCCAAGGAUAAAUCUCUCAAAGUUUUUGGCUCAGGAAAUGUUUCCAUGGACGUUCACACUAAACGAAUGGGGUACAAGCAAGGUGAGAAUAUAAAAGUCACAGUUGAAAUCCUGAACCAAUCAAGCCGUUCGGUGAAGCCCAAAUUCACACUGUACGAGAAAAAGAGUUUCUUUGCUCAGGGACGCAGGAGAGUUCACACUAAAGAGAUCCUUAAGGACAAGAUUGAGGCUCUUGCAUCUUCGAGCAAAGACACUGUGACCAAGGUGAUGUCCAUCCCCAGAGAACUACCCCCUUCUAUCCUGAACUGCUCCAUCAUCAAGCUUGAGUACAGACUGAAGCUCUGUCUGGAUAUCAAAUGCACCAAAGACCCGGUGAUCAAGCUCCCCAUCAUCGUCCUUCCUAAAGCUGCGCCAGCAAAACAACAGCCUGCAUCCGCUGCUUAUGGAUUUGAAGCCUUUGCGAACCCAACCCAACCGACCCGGAGCACCACACCGCAGCAAGCAGCACCCCAACCUUACGACCCCCCACCUCCCUAUGAAGCAUAUGCCUUCCACCCCACUGUUACUUACUCUGAAAAAAAUAGCUCUGUGUUGUAGAUACCUGCCUUAAAAGUAACAAGUAUGUUGUUAAUUUAGCUUUGCACUCCUUCAACGUGUAUUGACUUGUGAUGGACACUUUUUAGAGAGUUUGGUUGGACACUGGAAUGUGAAGCAUGUAAAUAGACAAUGAUGGCAGCUAGAAAUACAAGGUACAAUUUAAAGCAACACUAUGCAGCUUUACCUUAAAAUAGCAGCUUCAAAAUGAGUUUGAUGCUUCACUGACUUUGAGUGAAGCAAGUGUUGAAAAUAUUUGUUUGUGAUAUAAAUGGAGGAUGGUGCUGCCCUCAUUUCCACUGUUCACCCUGAACGCCUGUUCUUGAACUACCUUUGUUGAGAGGGUACGAUGACCUCUGAGAAGUGCGCAACUGAGUUCAAGAGUAACGCCAAAAUCUAGAUCAGCUAAAAAGACUUAGAAGUCAUGACAAAGCCAGCGUUAAUCUCUGAUAUUAAAAAUAAAAUAUCAAGACUUCUGAACAGAGUUUGGUGCUGCAGCUUUUCUGGUUGAGGAAGCUGGAGAUCAUGGGUAAUAUCCACCAUUCAGUUGUGUUUCAGUUCACUGAGUUGAACCACACGGUCAGAGUUCCGGUCAUUACAUUGAUAUGUUUGGUUCUUUUUUUCUUAUUCCGAAUCCCUUGGACACGACAUCCAACAGAAUAACAGAUGGCGCUGUUGCUCAGUAAAAGUUACAUAGUAUUGCUUUAACUAAGUAUCGUUAAAUUUAAUGUGCAGGAACAAUGCACAUGUAAAAUGCACAUUGAUGUUGAUAUGAUUUGUGUAGAUAACAACUGUUUAGACUUUUUAUGUGUUCAAUAUUCAAUAUAAGAUGAUGAAUGAUGAUAAAAUGCAACUGAUUGAUUCUUGUAUAAAAUAUAUAAAUGAGCCUUUAAGUUUUAAUGUAAGAAAUGCUGUAUUCUGAAAUAUCAUGUUAUGACUCUUAAUGUCUUUGUUAUAUCCUUUAAACUUCAACGUAUUCACUUAUAAUUGUUUUUAAAGUCAGAUUUAUUUCCAGUGACACUGUGACAAACACUAGAACAAGCCAUUAUUUGCCAUUAUUGUGAAGACCCAGUUGUCAUGUUAUUAGCUAGAUGCUUAAUUUGAAGUUCAAGCAUACCUGAUUGUCUCCAGAGGAGGACUCCAAUGACUUUGGUAAAGGAAUGACUACAUGCAUCUUUUAUUAAUAUGUUAUCAGAUUAAAUAUUUAUGUCAUGUUUCUACUCUGGUGGUUUCAUGCGGUGAAAUAAAGAUUCAAAGGGAA